AUGGCUAAUAUACCUGAACAUCGAAAAUGGAUGUAUAACCGAUUGUUACCCGGAAAAAGGGGGUACACUGAUGAGUUCUUAAUGGGUGUUGAGGAAUUUGUAAAUUAUGCAAGCACGCUUCUUGUAUAUGAGGCUUCAAUGAAGAUUAGGUGCCCAUGUAGUAAGUGUAAGAAUAGAGUACACUUGUCUGUAGAUGAUGUUCGUGUUCAUUUGUAUAAGAAGGGUUUUGAACCGAAUUAUUGGGUUUGGACGUGUCACAAUGAGUUUCCCCCCUCAAUACAACCGCAUAUGAAUGAGGGCCCUAGUGAAAAUAAUCGGUAUGAACAAAUGGUUUUUGAUGUAUCUGGUCCAUCAUUUUUUCCACUAAAUGCCGAGAAUGACCAAGAUGAAGAGCCACAUAGUACUGCAAAAAACUUCUAUGAUUUGUUAAAUGCUGCGAAACAUCCUUUAUCAAUGAAUGUUAAUGAAGAAACAGAGCUAGCAUAUACAUUGAGGAUGAUGAAUAUCAAGACAACUUUUAAUAUACCACAGCUAGCAAUGGAUCAGAUAUUUGAGUACAUUAACCAUUUGAUGGGUCCUGAUAAUCGAGUACCUACCAGGUAUUAUGAUGCAAAAAAAUUACUUACAAAGCUUGGUCUUGGACAUGAGAAGAUUGGUUGUUGUGUAAACAAUUGUAUGUUGUACUAUAAGUCUGAAAUAAAUGACAAGCACUGUAAGUUUUGUGGUGAGCCAAGAUUUAAACCUUGCCCAUCUGGAUCUACUCGUGCAAAAGAGGUGCCUCGCAAAAGAAUGCAUUACCUUCCUCUCAUUCCUCGAUUGCAACGUUUGUAUGCAUCACAUAGCUCUGCUUCACACAUGCGAUGGCAUUAUGAAAAUCGCCGCGAACCCGGUAUUAUGUGUCAUCCCUCUGAUGGUGAAGCAUGGAAGCACUUUGAUAGAAGGUUCCCUGAUUUCUCAGCAGAUCCUCGAAAUGUAAGACUAGGCUUAUGUUUUGAUGGAUUUUCUCCUUUUGGUUUCUAUGCAAAGCCGUACUCUUGUUGGCCUGCUAUGGUUGUUCCAUAUAAUCUCCCACCUUCAAUGUGUAUGACUACACCAUACACAUUCUUAACCUGUAUUAUUCCUGGACCGAAGAACCCAAAGGCCAAUAUUGAUGUCUAUCUGCAGCCUUUAAUUGAUGAACUUCAAUUGUUAUGGGAAAUAGGUGUCUUAACUUAUGAUGCAUCACUUAAACAAAAUUUUAUGAUGCGCGCUGCGCUAAUGUGGACCAUCAAUGAUUUUCCUGCAUAUGGUAUGUUAUCUGGAUGGCAGACAGCCGGGAAACUAGCAUGUCCUUAUUUUCUUCAUUAUUCUAAAUCAUUUUAUUUGAAGAAUGGUCAUAAAACUUGUUGGUUUGAUUGUCACCGUCAAUUCCUUCCAAUGAAUCACUCCUGGAGGAAGAAUCGAGAUACCUUCGUCAAACAACGAGCUGAGAAAUCAAGACCUCAACCAAUUUGGACAGGAGAUGAGUUGUUUCAUAGUUUAGAAAAUAUCCCAAAGAUUAUUGAUGGUCCAAUUGGUCGCAUUGAGGGGUUUGGACAUGCACACAAUUGGAAAAAAAGAGCAUAUUUUGGGAUUUGCCUUAUUGGAAGGAUAAUUUGCUACGUCAUAAUCUUGAUGUGA